AGCUGCGCAGGCGCACUAGGUGCGCAGAAACCACUUCAAUGAACACAAAGAAAAAUAUAUUUUCGGGAAAAGAAGAAAAUAGUUCUUAUCCAAUGUGUAGCAUACUCUAUUAUUAUUAUUUUUGUACCCCUAAUUACAACAUUCUUGUAGGGAUUGGUGAGGUUUUUUCUUGAGAUAAGUCCUUGCAUGCCUUUUCACGUGAAAGAGACUUUAUAAGGAGUUCAGUCUUAGAAACCUCUGGCACUUUUAGAAGCGAAAAUAAACAUAGAGGAAUUAUCUGUAGUGUCCGACAAUUAUAGUGGCCAUUAAAAAAUGGCAGCAUACACAUUACCGGAGGGAUUCUCCGAUUUUGACAUGUUUGCAUUCGGUUCAGCUCUUCUUGUUGGGGGUCUUCUUGGAUUCUUCCUCAACGCCAUUUCAAUAUUGGCCUAUAUUAGCGUAAAGCAAAUGCGAACUCCCAGUAAUUUUCUUGUGUUUAACCUUGCUGUGGCUGACAUUAUGCUCAAUAUAACCGGCCUGAUCGCUGCUUACGCCAGCUUAUUUUAUAGUCACUGGCCCUGGGGCCAAGACGGAUGUAGCAACCACGCCUUCAUGGGGAUGACAGCAGUUCUGGCCUCUAUCAGCUUCCUGGCUACCAUCGCCUGGGACAGAUAUCACCAAUAUGUCACCAAUCAGAAGCUGUUUUGGAGCACGGCCUGGACUAUUUCUAUCGUUAUCUGGGGUUUGGCUAUCUUCUGGGCGGCCGUCCCUCUGAUUGGUUGGGGAGUUUAUGACUUUGAGCCCAUGAGGACCUGCUGCACUCUAGACUACACCAAAGGAGACAAGGACUACAUUACCUAUAUGGGGGCCCUGACUGUCUUCUACCUUAUCUUCCCUGCUUAUGUCAUGAAGUCCAACUACGACGCCAUUCACGCAUACUUCAAGAAGAUCAACAAGCACAGGUGGAACACCAGUUUACCACUGAGGGCUAUGUUGUUCUGCUGGGGACCCUACGAAAUCAUGUGCAUCUACGCCUGCUUUGACAACGCCAAACUGGUCUCUCCAAAGCUGAGAAUGUUGCUUCCUGUUUUGGCGAAAAUGAACCCUAUUUUCAACGCGUGGCUCUAUUCCUUUGGGAACGAGUUCUACAGAGGAGGGGUGUGGCAGUUCCUGACUGGCCAGAAGUUCACUGAGCCGGUCGUUGUGAAGUUAAAAGGAAGAUAAAGGAAGUUUUCGUCUAUGUCCAUUCUGACAUUCUAAUUCUAUGGUUACACUACUGUACAGGCCAUGGAAUUAGAAUGUUCCAUUCUCAUAUUCUAAUUCUAUGGUACAGGCUAUAUCCAAACAACAACAUCAUCAUCAUGCACUCUCAUUGCAGUAGGUUUCACAUUGGAAGAAUGCUAUUUGGACAAGGUGGUGAACUUAAUGUUAAUUGUUUAUUUAGCUGGCUUGGGAAACCAUGGGUCCAAUGUAGCUUGUCAAUAGCGGUAUGGUGGCUGACUCUCCAUUCAAAUAGACUUUGGGGAGAAGCACCUGCUAUUAGAUUGAAUGAUGUCUCAUGAUUGACUAGACAAAGGACACUCAUUGACCUACGUUGUAAUACAAAUACCUCAGUGCUCUUAAUUCCAUUUUCAUGCUGAGUGAUUUGAAGGUAAUACGACCAUAGAUAAACUUAAAAGUCCACCAACUUAAGGUUCAAGUCAUGUUAAUGUAAUACCGUUUUUUUAAAUAGCCAAUAGAUUUACUUCUAGAAGUCUCCCUGAGGUAUUCCUCCAGCACUGUAAUAAACACAGCAAGGUAUUCUGCCAUGCAGCCGCUGUUCAUUCUGACUCCACUGACCUUACCUGGUGUGAUUCUCAGCAUGCCGCUGUACCUGUACAGCUGUAAAAGGAUGAGACUUCAAAAAAUAGCUAUAGUCUACCACACCUGGGUUCAAAUACUAUUUGAAAUAUUUAAAAUACUUUAACCGUUUACUUUAGCCUGCCUGGAGUGCCAGAUGGGUGGGGUAUACAGUUUUAUGCUAAGGUAAGCUCAAUCAAGCCAGGAUAAAGUAUUGGACAUUAUUUCUUAUAGUAACUGAACCCAGGUGUCAUUCAGCCAAGACAACCUAUGGAGGUUGUUGUAUAGUUGUGACCAAGAAUAUUUAUUGGGUCACUUUUGGUUCCUGAGGAGUUUUAGGGUUGUGUCCCAAAUUACACCCUAUUCCCUAUUUAGUGCACUACUUUUGAACAGAGACCUGACCAAAUGUAGUGCACUAUGUAGGGAAUAUGGUUCAAUUUGAAGUCUGAAGACAAAAGCCUUGAUGUGAUGUAACCUCUAUAUGUAUUCUCUGUAGGUACUUAGUGUGGAGGUUGAACUAUUCUCUGUAGGUACUUAGUGUGGAGGUUGAACUAUUCUCUGUAGGUACUUAGAGUGGAGGUUGAACUAUUCUCUGUGGAGGCAGAAGUAAAAGAAGCAGGAUCAUCCCUUUAAAGUGAGUGGAGAAAACCAUACAACACUGAAUCCCACGGAGGAAGUUUGUGAAUGACCAAUGCUCUACCAACGUAGUCUUACAUUACAUUACAUCCCCAUAUAGUCUGGAGUAAACUAGAUUUAACCUAACAAUGUUUGGUGUAUUGAAUGUAUUUUUUGUUGAAAUAUAAUAUGCCAUUUAGCAGACAGUCGUGCAUGCAUAUAUUUUUAUAAACGUAUUUGUACGUUCAAACGGUAAUCUUAGACUAUCACAUUGUCACGUUGUGUCGUUUUAACUUCGUCUAUCUUUGUGUAGCAGACGCUGGCAUGCAUAACCUUACAUAAAAUACAGUUAAUCUA